CUCAAAAAUGAGUUGGAGCCCGGUCGGCUCGAGUCUUAUUGACGUUUUGUGGGGUUUUCUGGCUUUGUGUUUCCUCCUGGCGUUGUGUGCUCACAAGGUGUCGAGCAGGUAUGAAACACGUGGUCUGUACAUGUUGUUUCAGGAUCUUAUUCGAUACGGAAAAACAAAACAAAACCUCAAACGCGAUGAAUGGCUGCGUGUGUUUGACGUCCCUAAAAGGUGGUUCUGGCACUUCUACGCCCUCUCUGUUUGCUGGAACGGCCUCCUCCUGCUCCUGUACCUGAACUUCAUAUUUCAGCAUCAGUCUCGCCCAGCAUGGCUGACAGGGACGUUGGAGGUCUUGACAGGUGUACCGAGCGCUGAUGGUCAGGUCCCACAGCUGUCGACUCUCCUGGUGCAGCUGCUGCUCUGGGUCCACUCCCUCAGGAGGCUGCUGGAGUGCCUGUUCAUCAGUGUCUUCUCUGGUGGGUCCCUGCAUUUGGUGCAGUACUUCUUCGGUGUGGGGUACUACAUCGUGCUGGGGUUGACGGUGCUCUGCUCAGAUCACAUGGGAAAAGGGAGUGGCCCCCUCCUCUCUCAGCUGCACUGGCUUCAUGUGGCUGGAUUCACACUUUUCAUUGUGGCCUCGCUGCUGCAGCAUCAGUCCCUGGUGCUGCUGGCCAGGCUGCGCACCGGAAAGUCAGGAGCAGUGGAGACGCUGGCUCACAGGGUGCCACAUGGAGGCGGCUUCGAGCUGGUUUCAUGCCCUCAUUACUUUGCUGAGCUGCUGAUCUACAUCUCUUUGGCCUUGGUUUUCGGAGGCCUGUCUCUAACGUGGUGGCUGGUUGUCCUUUAUGUGCUCUUCAACCAAUCACUGGCAGCACAGCUCUGCCACGACCUUUACAUCAGCAAAUACGAGUCAUACCCAAGACAUAGAAAAGCAUUCAUACCUUUUGUGUUUUGAAGAGUUGUCACCACUGUGUUUUCAGAACUGUAAACUGCUCAACAAAUGUUGGACACAUCUGAGGAGCUGGAUGUGCAGGAGUAAAACUCACCUCUAUCAGUAUUGAUUGACAAGGUGAUCAGGACCAAGCAGCUGUCAGCUGGCAGCUCCAGCUGUGACUGUGAGGUGUAGCAGCGCUACAGGAACAUUCCUCCACAGCAGAAGUCUCACCAGGUGAACGAUGAGCUGUUUCUUUGAGACUGAUGUGAAGAAAAGAGGAACCUCAUCACUGAACAACCGUUCAAUACAACAAGACCUUGUUUUUGUUACAACAAUGUACGAUAUACUGAUGUAUGUCAUUACAUAUAAGAUAUGUUGUUAAAAAUAAGCAACUUUUGAAUGUUUGUUUAAUUAAAAAAAACAUAAGGAGGAAUCAGAGAGAUUGAGGCUUUGACUGAAUAUUUUUGUUGUUAUAGCAACAUGUAAAAUGUUCAUAUUCUCUUUAUAGCAGAAUACCAGUUUAUCUUGUAUGAUGAGGCGUGUUUGUUAAACCAAAGUAUGUGAUAACAAUAUUGUAUAUUGUUACUCAAGUUAUUUUUGUUUUAACAUUUUUUUUAAUUUUGUGAAACUUAUAAUUAUAUUGACAGCAAUAUGCUGCUGUAGUAGAAACAUUUGGACAUUUUUCAUACAUAUAAUUCUGGACUAUAACAUAAAAUCAAAUUUGUUGUAAUUAAAUACUACACUUAAUGAAAAGAUGAUUAUAUAUUUAUGUUUAAUUACUUUGUGUUUAUUUAUUUAUAGUGAUUAUUAUGUGUACAUUUGGAUUUUACACAAGAUGGCGACGCAAAUGAUUGUCAA